AAGAAGAAGAAGUGUCGUAGUUCUAUAAGUGAAAAUUUUCAUUUGUCCUUGGUAGUUGUUUCAAUAGUAUUUGAGUUGUUCCGACGUUCACAAAAAAAAGUUGAGGAAGUGUUAAUUCACAGAUUUGGAGAAGUAUAAUUCGACUCAUUUCUCUACGCCACUUUGAAGACAGUUAUUCAAAAAUGCCGCAUAUUAAACUUCAGUCGUCAGAUGGAGAAACAUUCGAAGUUGAUGUGGAGAUAGCAAAAUGCUCAGUAACCAUCAAAACAAUGUUGGAAGAUCUCGGCAUGGACGACGAGGACGAAGAAGUUGUGCCUUUACCCAAUGUCAACUCUGCCAUUUUGAGAAAAGUGAUUCAGUGGGCUACCUACCACAAAGAUGAUCCUCCACCACCAGAAGAUGAUGAAAACAAAGAGAAGCGAACAGAUGACAUAUCUUCUUGGGACGCAGACUUCCUGAAAGUGGACCAAGGGACUUUGUUCGAGCUCAUUUUAGCUGCGAACUAUCUGGAUAUCAAGGGACUUUUGGAUGUUACAUGCAAAACUGUUGCCAAUAUGAUCAAAGGCAAAGCUCCGGAGGAAAUUCGCAAAACUUUCAACAUUAAGAAUGAUUUUACUGCCUCUGAAGAAGAGCAAGUACGUAAAGAAAAUGAGUGGUGCGAGGAAAAAUGAGGUGGACCUUGCAAUAUAUCAGUGAAUAUUUUUUGAUUUUGAAUCUUUUUCUUGAAAAUAAUUCAUUUGCCUUUUUUGUAAAUUGGUGAAUUUUCAGCGCUCGACAAUUGCUAUUAUGUGUUUAAAAAAUUAGCUGUUAAUCUUUAUGUAUGUUUGAAUCUGCAAUCGUAAAAUUAUGAAAUAUGUCUGAAGCUGAAUACAUAAUUUAAAUUUUCA